AUGGACGAAUCACCAGAAAUCUUGUUAAGAAAAUUAUGCUGUACUUGUUUGAGCAAAGAUCGUAAACUUGUGCAAUUGAUGAAGAUAAAAGACGGUGUAAAUAAUCUAUAUUCGUUAUUAUCCAUUGAUUCUGAGGCCUAUCAAGAAUGCUUCUACAGGGAAAUAAUGAGUUUGUUCAUAUGUUGGGAAUGCAAUGCAUUCAUACAGAGAUUGAAGCUAUUUAGGCAAAGAGCUUGCAGUGCCCAGAGGCUACUCACGGACAUAUUGGAUGGAAAAAUUGAUUUUCAAAAACAGAAAUCGCUUUCAAGUUUAAGAGUGAAUGAAAAUCUAAACAUAAUAAGUGAAAGGUAUCCGGAGGAAUGUGAAGAAAUUAUAAAUGAAGAACACUGUAUUUCAGAAUUAAACUUAGAUAAUAUGCCCCUGAAAGAUUUGAAAGGAUAUUUGAGGAGAAAGAAAUGUGGUGGAAGUAACAAACCUAGCAUCAGGAAUUUAGACGAGAAAUGCAAAAAUCAACCCUACGAUAAUCAACGUUCGAAGAGUACUUGCAAUUUUAGUGCUUGCAUGAUGGAGUCGAAGAGAGAAGUGAACUCUGAAGGGAGUAGUAACAAUGGUUUACAGUACAAUGAGACACCAUCCAACAGUAGAUCAGCGAAAACGUCCAAGAGGAAAUUAAUCCGAACGAAGAAAGACGCGAUUAAGAAAAGUAAUUUUCAAUGCAAAUUCUGCGAGAUGUCUUUUGAGACGAAGCGGCUGAGGGUCGGGCACUCGAGGCGAGCCCACGCCGAGGGUCUGGCCUGCUCCGUCUGCGGGAAACGCUACCCGUCCAAGUACAGCCUGCUGCAGCACGAGAGACUCCAUCGUGGUCCUAUGCCGAGAGAGGAAUGUAGGGUCUGUCACAAAAUGAUCCGCGUGGACCUGGUCAAAACUCACGCUCGCAUUCACGAGGACAGACAGAGUUAUGAGUGCUUGAAAUGCGACAAGAAGUAUGUCAGUAAGGCGUCCUAUGAAAAUCAUUUGAAAUUCAGCCGGGCGCACGCGGUCGUCGAUGUAUUGAAGUACAAGUGUUCUGUGUGUGAGAAAGGGUAUAGAUCCAAGGGGGAGCUCCGCGAUCAUGUAAAUUAUCAGCACUUGGGUCAGAGUCAGCACAGCUGUCCAAUUUGUCAAAAGCCGUUAGCUACGCGUCGUUGCAUAACGAGACACAUCCGUCGCGCCCAUCAGAACAUAAAGGAGAACCUUCGAGAUAAAAUGUGUCAGAAAUGCGGGAAGGCUUUUCGGUACAAGAAGUCUUUGAGGGAGCACGAGCUGAUACACACGGGCGAGAAGCCGCUGGUCUGCGGCGAGUGUGGCCGCAGAUUUAGGCAGGGCGCAGCCUUAUACACGCACUGCAGACGCGUGCAUCAGAACACACACGACAGAGCCAGACCGACGGCCUAAUUAAACUAUCCUCUCUAAUAGGGGACCACACUUGAAUCUGCCUGUACUUUUGUUCCCUACCUAUGCUGAUAGCCUUGAGAGGGUAUAUCAGCUUCGCCCUAACGUGUAGGUGAGCUCACGGGGCUAAAACCGGAGUGGAGCUAACACUG